AUGCCGCGCCGCGCUGCCUCCGCCGACGCGGCGCCGCGCGCCGCGGACGACCGCGCGGUGGAGGCGCUGGGCGCGCUGCUGGAGAGGCAGUUUGAGGCGAUGAGAGCCGAGCAGAGGGCGAACCAUGAGGAAGUCUUGAAGGAGAUCCGUCGCAUCAAACAGCCCAGCUCCUUCGAGAAGCUGCGACAGAAUUCCGCUGGCAGCGCCGUCCACGGCGGCGCGGCCAAUGUGCGGCGGCCAGUGCCGCCGUGGCAAGAGGUGCAGCGUAGCGUGAAGCAGGAGCUGCUGCACAGCGUCUCGGGCCGUCGGGUGGUGCCCGUGGUGCCCGCCGAGCCGCCGAAGGCGCCACCGGUGCUGGCGCUCGAGGCCGCGGCGGAGUCCUUGGGCCCCGCGGAGGCGUCGCCUGCGCGGGAGAGGAACUCGAUGACGAUGGAGACGCCACGGGGGAUGGAACUGAAAGUGUUGGCGAAGACGUCGCAAACGACCAUUCUGCAAGGCAGCCUGGAGAUUGCCCAUGAGAUCUUGUUCGAUUUGAUUGGAGUGGGCUGCUUCACGCGGGGCCGCAAUGCCCUUCUGGGGACCUUAUUGCUGGUGCUCACGCUCCAACUCACCUGUACAGUGGUCAUGCACAUCUAUGGGCAUGUGCAUCCUUCAGGCUUCGUUUGGGCCAACAUCUCGACGAUCUUCUUCAUGAUGGUGGCCAUCCUCUUCAUCAAGCUGAUCCACGCCUGUGCACACUCCAAAGAUCUGCACAUGGCCCUGAAUCGCAUUGAGCUCUUCCUCCAUGACUGUGAAAUGGGACUCGAUUGGAAGACGAUGUCUUCUCGGGAAAGUCUUCGUGCCAAAAUCUUGUGGAUCAUUGGGUCGAUCAGCUUUAUCUCGAUCUCCAUCAUCGAGGAACGGAACGUGGCGCUGGGCUUGCACGACGACGAGGUGACAGAUCCCAUGUACCUUCCACUGGCGCACAGCCUUUCGCACCUCAGUUGCGUGAUCACCUGUGUGUCCUUCCUGCUCUCGAGCGCCGUGGUCUUGAAAGGCGCCUGGUUUCAGUGCAACUUGCUGAAUGGAUUGAGCAAGACCUUGGAUUGCUGGUGCAGUGAUCUUCUGCAAGAGCCAGACUUCGCCUCGGCGGUGAGCAGCUGGAAUUCCAUGCAGGCCAUUUUGAAGUCGGUGGGCCGAGAGUUGGGGGAUUGCUUUCUCUCGCUGCAGAUCGUUGGGCACCUGAGUUUGAUCACGGCCUUGGCGGGGGCCUUCAGCGUGCUUUUCUUCUCAGAGCAGGAGGUGGAAUCACAGGUGUUGCAGGUCCUGCCGAUGAUCCCGCUGCUGGUGCUCUUCGGCCUGGCAGCGCGCUUAUUGGCGGAGGGCGGCGCUCUCACCAAGAAAUGUGAAGAUGUGCCUGCCUUUGUAAAUCAGCUGGGCUCCUUUGAUGCUGAAUCGGCGCGGGCGCGGCAAUACCUGGUACAGUUCAUCACUGAUAGUCGUCCCGGAUUCAUCGUCGCAGGCUCCAUGCUGACGAACGGGGUCUUUUUCAAGCUGAUGGCGACCCUGGCCACGCUGCUCUCUGGUGCCAUGGGUGUGAUCUUGCGGAGGGAUACAGGUGGCCCGGGAGGCAUACGCGGCAUACGCCCCGCUGUGGCGAGCAUGCAGCAUGCCAUGCGCAAGGGUACCGACAAGGAUUGGGAGCAACGGGCUGGAUGCAUGACCUUCCCCGAUGCCGUCGCCAAGGCCCUGAAGGCCAAGGGCAAGGACAGCGCCCAAUGGAUGAAGGAGUCGCGCAAGAUGUCCAUCGACCAGAUGAGGAAGGCGGCCGGCGACAUGGGCCUGGAGGUCUUCUUCGACUGGGACGCGGCCCGCUCUGUCGAGGGCUACUACCGCAUUAAGGGCUCCACCGAGUUUUGCAUCGAGCGUGCCAUCGCCUUCGCGCCCUACGCGGAUUGCAUUUGGAUGGAGACCGGGAAGCCCAUCUUGGCACAGGCCACCCAGUUUGCUCAGGAGGUGCGAGCAGCAGUGCCUCAUCAGAUGUUGGCCUACAACCUGAGCCCAUCCUUCAACUGGGACAGUGCUGGUAUGACGGAUGCCCAGAUGGAAUCCUUCAUUUGGGACUUGGCCAAGCUGGGCUUCUGCUGGCAGUUCAUCACCUUGGCAGGAUUCCACUGUGAUGCCCUCAGCAUCGACCUCUUCGCCAAGGAGUAUGCCAAGCGUGGUGCCUAUGCCUAUGUUUCCAUGAUCCAGAGGGAAGAGCGAAAGAACAAGGUGGAGACACUGACUCAUCAGAAAUGGAGUGGCUCUGAGAUCGUGGACGAGAUGGGCAACGUGGUCAGCGGGGGCCUGUCCUCCACAGGCAUUAUGUCUGCGGGUGUGACUGAGAAGCAGUUCUGA